ACAACGCCCUAAAGCUGAUCGCAUACGUACUCUCAUGGGUGAAUGGAAGGAAGAUGUGACACAGUUAAUGUCCUGGUUAGACAGGAGCGUGUGGGUGAAAUGCCGACCGGCUUGUGGUUUCGAGGAGAUGUGUUACUUACCUACUUGGCCCUUUGGGUUUCCCGGUGAUGAGCCACCAUUUCAAGCCCAGUGGGACAAUGGUUCCUUAUGGCCAGAUCCAAACACAGGUGAAUGGAAGAGACCACAGCCCAAGUGUAUCAGACGGCUGGAGCCAUAUAAUUUUUAGGAUACUUGCCCGAUUAGUCCUAGUCAAAUUAUUGCAGU